CGGUCGGAAUUUCAGCCGCCGCGUGGAGUUUCACACAACUGAAUAAGUCAAUGAAGCGUUUGCGCAGACAGCCAACGCGAACAGAAAAGAAAAUUUACGACGUUGCUGCCCCUGGAUGCAAACUUACACUUUUGCACGUUGGACGCGUUCGGAUUGGGUUUCCCCAGUUGCUAGCACUUGCGGGAUGGCAAUUAUACGCCAGGGCUACACAGUCGCACAACAGCGUUUUGGCAUUAUUUUGCCCGCUAAAUCACCAGGGAUGCACAAGUGGUCGCGUUCAGCGAGAAAUAAUGCAGAGUGAUUGUUAUCGAUAA